UUAAUGGUAUUGCGCGCGCGCAAUAGAGAACCGGAUGUGUACGUUUGUCCAUCAUACGUAACAGAGAACUACGAUUUCUCACCUUUUUUUGGUCCAUUAGAAGAGUUACAUCGUCGGUUUUGACGAUACUCGGUGAAAUCAUCGCGCCGGAGAUCGUCCUCGUGACUUGAUCCGGAGAGAGCGGUUCGAAACUGAGCGAGUCCACUCGUUCGUCCUCGGUGCGAUCGAUGUGGAGACUCCACGCGAGUCUCCCCGACAAAUCGCUCGAAAAUGCAAGUACAGGAGGCCGAAGGUGCGGAUGGAUCUCCGUGGAAUAACUCAAGUGGCUGCGACGAGGAACGUAGGCCGGCGCAGAAGGAGUGUAAAAAAUCCAACGUGUUGCCACUAUGGGGCAACGAGAGGACUAUGAAUUUGAAUCCUUUGAUUCUCACCAACAUACAAUCGUCACAUUAUUUCAAGGUGAAUUUGUAUGAACUCAAGACCUAUCACGAGGUGAUCGACGAGAUCUACUAUAAGGUCUCUCACCUGGAACCAUGGGAGAAAGGCAGCAGAAAGACUGCGGGCCAAACUGGCAUGUGUGGAGGCCGGUUCAUGCAGGUACGAGGCGUGGGAGCUGGCGGAAUCGUUUCCACGGCGUAUUGUUUGUUAUACAAACUCUUCACGCUGAGGCUAACCAGGAAGCAGCUGAAUGGGCUCAUCAAUCAUCCGGACUCACCCUACAUACGCGCUCUAGGAUUUAUGUAUAUUAGAUACACACAGCCACCGGCAGACUUGUUCAGCUGGUACAGCGACUAUCUGGAGGACGAAGAGGAGUUAGACGUGAAGGCGGGCGGUGGACAAACGAUGAAAAUGGGCGAUAUUCUCAAGCAAUUCCUCACGAAACUCGAGUGGUUCUCCACACUGUUUCCACGGAUACCGGUACCGAUCCAAAAGGAUUUGGAGCUGCGGUUAGCCGAGCGUUUUCCGCAACAGCAGGUGAAUGCGCGAAACGCUAAGCCGCCAAUCACUCUCAACAGCCACGGCAAGUACGGCAACAAAGAAGGCCGUAAGGACAAUGAGCCGACGAGGACCGUAAAGACAAGAAUAGAGAGCGCGAUCGAGAGCGCGAGAGAUUGCGGGAACGUGACAGAGAAAGAGCUCGCGAACGGGAUCGCGAAAGAGACAAGCACAGCAAACGGUCUAGCAGUCGUGAUAAAAAUAAAAGACAGGGGGAUCAUAAAAGUCGCAGCAGAGACAGAUCCUAUAGAGAUAGAAGCAGGGAUCACCAUCGUGACAGAGAUCGACAUCGGGACAAAAGAGGUUCGCCGUACGACUAUGCCACAGAGUUGGCACGCGAGCGCGAGAGGCAACGAAGGGAAAGAGAAUGAGAGGCGAAAACAAUUACACACUGUGUACAUAUUUAAUUAUUUCUACUACCAGCUAAUAUGUAAUUAAGAACAUCAAGGAAAAAAGUGAGCUGUCACGUAGCUACAGCUACCGAGCCAAGUCACCAUCACCACCACUACAAUCACUGUCUUUAUCAUCAACACUACGUACGUUCACAGGGGAAGUGUUUCUCGAGAUGGAGCUUAAGUCUUAAGUUUAACUCUAUAUUCACAUGUAGUUUACAUGUUUUUAUAAAAUAAAUUCAUCACACUGUCA